AUGUGCUGGGCAGAACUCACCUGGGCACCGGUGGGUGGGUUGGGUGUGUGGGCAGCUGCAGGCUACGAGGACAGCAAAAGAGCCUCGCAAAGAAAGCACGCAGCAAGAAGUGUGGUGCUGAAGGGAGAGAGUGAGAGUGAGAGUGAGAGAGCGAAAGAGCCAGCUGGGCAUGGCCUUGUUGGCAGCUCGUCACGUGGCGCGCUAGACAGCAUCUUUCACUGCGCAGUGCGGCGGUGUAUCAGCGCCCUGACGCCGCGCAACCACGGAAACCCUGAUGUUCGGAGACUGCGGCAUCUGCGUACAGCUUGUGCACUCCAGCCAGAAUGUGCUCUUAUCCGGAUGCCUGGGAGCUGUUUCAAAUGCCUUCACCGAGCGCUGCUGCAUCAUGCCGAGGUCACCUUGUCAUUCCAGAUCUUGCCCCUUUAUGCAGGUGCCGGCUACGAAAAGGCAGUCACAAUCCAUCAUCAAUGGAUCAUCAAUCAGACUGCCAUCUGCCAUCGAGUGACACCAUCCAGGAAGCGGUUUUACUGCAUUGGGCAAAUCGCACCGCACUUUGAAGCCCAAGGAGACUGUCUUAGAAUGACUUUGUGCUGGCAGGUCACAUUGCACUGCGCGUCAUUUUCUGAGCCCUGGAGGGACUGA